AGAGAUUUCUGCUCACCUGCCAUUGAUUUGUUUUUAGCCAAUGACAACACAUCACUUUAUGAAUAUUCAGUCAACGUUGCAUCAAUAACCACGCCCCUUUUCAGCAGGAGAAAGGAAGCUGCUUUUUCGACCUGGCUGAAAAUCUUCCCCUAGAAAGCUCUCAGGGGCCCAGCCCACCAGGAAAGCUGUAUAAGCACAGGGUCGACGGGACGGACGGAAGCGGUGCGCCGUCGUACGGGGAGGUCCGUAGUGACGGCGCGAUGAGCUACAAACCCAUCGCCCCUGCUCCGUCCGGCUCCAACCACACCCCGCCAGGCUCCAGUGUGCCCUCCCCCUCACUCCCCUCCAACUUCAGACCAGCGUUCAGUGAUUUCGGCCCGCCGUCGAUGGGCUUCGUUCAGCCAGUGAAAGUGUCUCAGGGCUCAACCUACAGCGAGCUGCUGUCAGUUAUCGAGGAGAUGAGUCGCGAGAUCCGCCCCACCUACGCCGGGAGCAAGAGCGCCAUGGAGAGGCUAAAGAGAGGUAUCAUUCACGCGAGGGCGCUGGUCAGGGAGUGUCUGGCGGAGACAGAGAGGAGCGCUCGCACAUAACCCUUUGCAGAAUCCCUCCACCCCCCCCCCCCCUCCCUUGUCUUUGUAUAGGCCUCAUCUAUGUGUCCCGUCUUUGUUAUCCUGAAUUUUUGUCUCUAUUGCUCCACUGAACCUGUAACCUUUUUUCCCAUAUAGUUUCUCACACCGCCUAUGGGGUGUGUUCAGAAUGUGUAACACAUUUUGCAGUUGUAGGACAGUUCGCUCUCAGAACAUUCUGUAGCUUAUUUCAGUUUCAUAGGCAUCACGAGGGGCUGGUAGAUAUUUUCUCAUUUUGGUUGUCCUGUUCAGUGGGGGCGAGGGGAUAGUGCUGUAAAAUAUUUGAUAGAUUUUUGAAAACUAUGACACAAUGAAAUGAGGUUGAUACUCUGACUUUCUCUCUUAGCUGCUAUACUGACACCACUCUACAUCCAAAGGUUUAAUUCCACAUUGUUUUACAGUAAGCAACACUUAAGCCUUGUUCGCACUGCAGGCCUUAAUGCUCAAAUCAGCUUUGUUUUUCAAAUCCGUUUUGGAUUCAUUCACUGUCCAAACGGCAAGUGACCAAAUUUGGAUUUGUGUGUGUUCAGACGGCAGUCAUUCGUUGACAUGGCUACAUGCUACUUGUCAUAGUAAUGACGAAUGUGUGCGUUCCUUCUUCCUAUCACUCAGAAGUUAUGUGGCAAGCUAAUGCCUGCAAUGGAUGUUCCCCAGUUUGCUUUGAAUGUUCAAAAUCAGUGAAAAAAACACUUUUAAAGCCGCCAAAGGAUAAGGCAAUCCAAUUUUCAAAACAAGUAUUGUUUGGCUAGCCACAGCAGUCAACUAACGAGGUAGCUGUUUAUCCUUCUAGCACAUUCACUAAUUUGUUUGUAAACAACAAGCUAGUUAGUUACCACAUAUUCUAGCCACACCACGGUGGUUUGAAGUCAUCCUAUUCCAUGUGUUUUUUGGCUGUUCAGACUGCAGGAAAAAUAACAUUUGAAUCAGAUAUGCAAAAGAAAAUGUAUUUGAUGUGAACAAGGCUUAACAGCAUCUUGAAAAUAUCCCGUUCUCUGUUCCACAUGCUUCCACCCUACACACGUUUUCUGCUGUCAUGGCACCCUCUAUCUGCCACAUACAGUCAAGCUUUCCUUGCCCUUCAUCCUCCACCCAAUUAACUAUUACCUCCUCCCUACACACCUGAAAUCAGUUUUGUUAGUAUGGCAAUUUUGUAAACCCAAUUUUUGCAGUUCUGUACUUGAAUUGAAUGAAAUUAAAAGUUAGAAAAGUUUUCCAAUUAAAAAAGCGAGUGUUUUUCAUUUGUAUCUAGUGCACAGGAGGUUGGUGGCACCUUAAUUGGGGAGGUAAUGUCUGGGAUAGUAUCAAACAUGAUUUCCAUGCGUUUGAUUUUCAUUUAGUUUUUUCUGUUCCAGCCAUUUAUCAGCUGUCCUCCCCUCAGUAGCCUUCUGUGAUGUAGUGCCUAUAGAAAGUCUACACACCCUUGAACUUUUUACAUUUGGUUGUCAGUGCCUCAGUUUUUCAUUUAAAUAAGGAUUUUCUUCCACUUAUCUACACAACAUACUCCACAUUUCAGGAACAUUUUUGGGUGAAGAAAAAUAAGUCUCCACCCAAGUUAAUACUUGGUGAAGCAUAUUUGGCAGCAGUUAAAGCCGUAAGUCUGUUGGUAUAGGUCUCUACCAACUUCGCACACCUAGGUUUGACCAUUCUUAACUGUUCAUGGACAGAAAUCUUCAAGUUAUGCCACAAAUUUUAGAUUGGAUUUUGGUCGGGGCUCUGACUGGGCCAGUUGAGGACUUUACCUUGUUAUUCCUUAGCCACUCCACAGUAGCUUUGGCUAUGGGCUUCAGGUCGUUGUCAUGCUGAAAGGUGAACUUCCGUCCCAGUUUCAGCUGGUUUUCCUCAAGGACUUUUCUGCACAUAGUUUCCCUUCAUUUUCUAUUCUAUCCUGAUAAGUCCCUGGCGAUGAGAAAUAUCCCCAUAACAUGAUGCUGCGCAAAAUGUAACACUUGGCAUUUCGGCCAAAAAAUGUAAUUUUUUUAAUCAGACCACACAACCUUUUGCUACAGAAUCUCCUGAGUGUUUUUUGCAUACUUAAACCGAUUCAUGGUGGGCUUCCUUGCCACCCUAUAUCACAUAUUUGUGGAAGGCUUGAGUAAAUCACAAGCACACUGACCAGUCUUGGCCGUAAGUCUGCUGCUCUUUCAAAGUUGCCAUCAGACUCUUGGUAGCCCCUGCUCAGUCAUCCAGAUUGGAGGGCAGUCUAGGUGGUGCUAUACACCUUUCACUUCGUCUUGACCGUGCUCCAAGGGAUAUUCAAGGCCUUUGAAAUCUUUUUAUACUCAUCCUCUGAUCUGGCCCGGGGUUCUUUUGAAAGGUCAUGGUUGAGCGUUUGCUUUGCAAUUCACUACCCAGCAGAGGGAACCUACAGGAACUGCUAAAUGUAUCCUGAAAUCCUGUGAAUCACUACAAUUUAACACAGGUGGAGGCCAAUUAGCUUGGUGUGUCUUAAGGUGAUUGGUUACACUGGAGCUAAUUUAGGAUUGCUAUCCAACCAAGCUAUUUCAGUUUAGAAUUUUUUUAAAUUACUUUUUUCACUUGGAAGUUGUUGGGUAGAAUGCAAAGACCAAUAAUUGUUUUAAUGCAUUUACAUUCCAGGCUACAAGGCAACAAAAGGUGAUCAUUUUAAAAGGGAGUGUGGACUUUCUAUAAGCCCUGUGUGGAGAUUUGGUGAACGCUUUGCACAAUGAGGCCUAAGUAAGUGUGGGUGAGUGUGCUCAUAAGCAAACGAAAACACACCAGUAAGAGUUCUCUUUAUUUGGCUUCUCAGUCAUAACAUGGCAGCAAAAAGCAUUCGCUGUCCCGUCGUAGACAUUUUAUAGAAAG